AUGACCUGCACUCCUGAAUCCAACGUUUACCUGGAGAGCCACAAACACCAGGACUCCCAUGACUGCUCCGACAGCGGGUACUCAGGCUUUUUCCAGAGCCCCCGGAGCGUCAGCGGAGUCCGCUGCGGUCCAUCAUCUCCAGCAGAGUUCAGCGAAACUCCAAAAGAGAACCUGAAGCUCCCCGACACUCCUAAAGAGAGGGCUGGAAAACCGGAGGAGCGUUCCGAGCGAGGCUCCAGGGAGACCCUGCGGCCCUCUGCUGUGAGCUGGUGUGAAACCCCCAGAUCUUACAAAAGAGACGGCUCUUUACGACACAGACUUCUCAUGUGCAAGGAGAAAAAUGAGAGCGCAAGAUCACCGACCUCCGGCAGGACUGGAGUCAGGCCUGAGCGGUGGCUCAGCUCAGCCUUCGACUCUCUAGAAAUCACAAGUGGUGGUUCGUGGAGCACUUCAGCGCUGGAGCAGGAUCUCCCUCUGUCGGGCCGAAAGCGCCGCCUGCUCUUCACGCAGGCGAGGACCUCCACUCUCAAAGAUGGUAAAAUUGUCACCAGUCAACUCCCCACGUUUGACAGGAGUUCGUCCUUGAUAGAGGAAGAUUUAAGUGGGAGCCCGUCUGCUGAUACUCCGAGCUUUUUUAAAGCCCAGCCUGCUUCACGUAAAGAACAUUUUCAGUCUCCAGCAAACAAGGAGCCGAACAUCCUGAGUGAAAGCUCAGGAGUUCUGACUACGCCGUCAUUUUCACAAACACCCAAAUACUCCAGGUCUGCGUGUGAAGAUAGUGGGUUUGGAUCGCUAACACUUGAUAAAUCCCAGGACUCCUUGGUUGACCACGAUGGCUCCUUCCAGGAGCUGCUCCUCUCUGCUUCUAGAAGAAACCGGGAGACCCCAAACCUUGCAGAUGGACGUCAGCGCUCCCGUUUACCCCGUCAGCACAGGCUGUCCACUCUGAAAGAAGGUGGCUCUCAGUCUGAAGAAGAGCUGCUGGAUAGAAAGCAUCAACCUUGCUUUAGGUGCCUCAGGCAUUGUCAUGAGGAUGAGGUUUUUGCUGAAGAUGUCACCCCCUCUACAUCAUGUAAAUGUUUUAAUACUCAAAGCUCUGCUCAACAUGACCAUGCCCUGAAAGCCGACGCCACAAGGUCAGAAAGUACCACCCCCUCUAACUCCUCCACCACUUCUCUUGGCGCCACCCCGCAGAACUUGUCUUUGACUCCGGCCCUGCAGCUCGUUCACAGCAUGUGCCAGCAGAAGUUGCAGAUGUCUGCAGGUCAGAGCCCGAGCCUGAAGGAGGAGCUGAAGUUCACCGCAGCACUGGUCCGAACGCCACUGACGUUCAGGACCACCAUGCCUCUGGCGGGACUGAUUGGCAGGAAGAUGGGCCUGGCAAAGGUGGACAUCCUCACAGAGCUGAAGAGGAGGAACCUGGGCCACAUCCUCACUCUGAUAUUAGCCAAGCUGGACUCUGAAAGUGUUUACAGGCUGGGUCAGGUGUGUAAAAGCUGGAACCAGAUUGUCCAGCAGGACAAGCCAGCGAGCCUCAAGAGAAGAAACUACAGGAUCGACCUGGAGGCUUCUGUGGAGCUCGGCACUGUCCAUAUCUGUGACGCUGAGACCAGAACCGCUCUGCUGAAGAGGUCCGCCUUAAAGAUCCUACAGGCCCAGUCCAGAACUUCCAGUUUCUGCACCCCACAGUUGGCCAGCACCACUUUAACCCCAUUGGAGCACAGCGGCCCCCGAUCAGGCAGCAGCAGCAGCAAACAAGAGAAGUACAUGGAGAUUGCCAAGACCUUGUUUCAUGAUGAGAGCCUGCGGCCUUGCCCCCGAUGCCAGCAUCCUGCUCGCUGUCACGCUGUGAAAAGAGAAGGCGUGUGCAGCAGAGCCGACUGUUCCUUCAAGUUCUGCACAUCCUGCUUGUGUAUGUUUCAUGGAUCCAGAGAAUGUGGCAGUCAGAGCAUGGGCCGUCGCAAGAAGGACAGCAUUGUUCCAGGAAGUGCCCAAAGCAAGAGGAAUGUUAAAAGACUGUAG